GUGAUAGUCUGUUUCAGAAACCAUCGUAGUUUCUUCUAUUUUUUUAAGCGUCGCUUUAAAAUCCAGAUGGUUUUCAGGUCUCCGCUUGAUUUUUUGUCAGCUUCCCGCCUCCUGCUGCCCCACUUUGCAGAAGGGGCCCCUCACCUGCCCCGUUCACGGUCCCCAGAGGACCCCCAGGCGGCCGCCCCUCCCCUAACCUUCCCGGGACUCUGCUUCUCCGCAUCGCAGAUCGCCAGCGUGUGCGAGACCCUGGAGGAGACCGGGGACAUCGAGCGGCUGGCCCGCUUCCUCUGGUCCCUGCCGGUCACCGCCGACGGCCGCGACUCCAUCUCCGAGCACGAGUCGGUGCGGCGCGCGCGCGCCGUAGUGGCCUUCCAUACGGGGAGUUUCCGCGAGCUGUACCGCAUCCUGGAGACACACCGCUUUACGCGCACGUCGCACGGGAAGCUGCAGGCCAUGUGGCUGGAGGCUCACUACCGGGAGGCGGAGAAGCUCCGGGGGAGGCCGCUGGGACCUGUUGACAAGUACCGGGUCAGAAAGAAGUUCCCGUUACCAAGGACUAUCUGGGACGGAGAGCAGAAAACGCACUGCUUCAAGGAGCGCACGAGAGGGCUGCUGAGAGAGUGGUACCUGCAGGACCCGUACCCAAACCCGGGGAAAAAACGGGAGCUGGCGCACGCAACCGGACUGACACCGACCCAGGUUGGGAACUGGUUCAAAAACAGGAGACAGAGGGACCGUGCGGCGGCGGCUAAAAACAGGUUGCAGCACCACCACGUCUGCACGGAUGGUUCCCGCCCACUGAGUGGAGGAGACUGCAGUCCAGACGGCAGCGCAGAGCGCGCAGAUGGAGAAACUUUCCUCUCAGUCACAGACAGUGACUCAGACCUGGAUGUUUGAAAGUUUGGUUGAUAUAUAUAAAAAUGGACAUAUAAAGGAUUGUUAGACUGUUGUGAGAUAUCACUGAGAAAAGGGGCUAGAGUGCCUUGCAAAGGUACUCAUUGGUUCACAUUUGGUCACACUUCAACCUCAAACUUCCAUGUAUUUCCUUGGGAUUUUGUGAGCUUGUUCAUUUAAACAUCUGGUUGUAUGUUUAAGGCCACCAUCCUGCUGAUGGUGGAUAUGUUCUGCCCUUGAAUCUUUCAGUCUAUAACAGGCUUCAUUCCUUCCAUGACUGUUCUGUAUUUGGCUGCAUUUCUUCUCUCACCAGCGUCUCUCAUUGUUAAACCUGACCCCAUAGCAUUAUGCGGCCACCACUAUGCUUCACCCAGGGGGCAAAGUGCUCAGGAUUAUUUCCAAUGAUCGAUGAAAGGUAUGGUUGCAUUAAGAAGGAACUUCAUGUAAGAAAAAUAGAUCAGAGUCAUUGCUGGAAAGAUGGUUUAGGGCAUGACAGAAUAUCCUUUAUACAGAAGGAUGAAAGAUUAUGACUUUUAUCUGCCUAUUUGUUUAUUUCCGACGACAGCCAAUGAUAAUAGACCCCUCUGAUAACUCAAAUUAGAGGAAGCAGAAUAAUCCUGCUGGACCUCAGAUGGAGUCUGAGUUUUUUGGACUGAAACCUGCGGGAGACUGUUUAUCAUUUUGUGUGAUUUCCUGAACGAAACCAUUUUUUACAAAGAAACCUGGACCACACUGGACAACUGUUGUAGACAAUCAUUCAGAAAUGAUCAAAUCCUACCUCCUUGUCUGCCUGUUUUUGUUUUUACCAUAAAGUUGGUUUUCCUGUUUGCCUUUAACCUCAGCUCUAUUUAAUGCAGUUUGUGUGAAGCUCUGCCAUGGCCUACUCCUUGUUCAAUUUGAUGCUAACA